ACAUUUCUCUAAUCGGAAUAGUUAGCCACUCAUGCAGUAUAAGCAGUUGGACAACUCGCAUGUGAUUGUAUCUGUGCAUUCUGAAUCUAAUGACUGAAUCUUGAUUAGAGAGAUAACGCUUCGAACAUAGAAAAACCCGUAUAGAUAAAUAUUAUUUUCUUCCGUGAAACUGAAGGUAGCGAGAUUUCGAAAGAAACGCUUAGUUCAUUGCAACUGACAUUAUAGAAAAUCUCAAAAAUUUCGAGCAGCUGACACUAAUGUUGGCCAGCCUGGUACACUCUGCUUGGUACAGUCACUGUGGCGUUGUGAUGACAGUUGUGUCAUGUGAAAUAUUAAUGAUGGGUGACGCAUAGAUUUGUUUGUGUUGUUUGCACAGUAGCCUGUGAUGUUCUUACAUGUGAUUCUGUGAGUGUUUACUAUUACUUUAUGACGUGCAGUUGAAAUUCUCUGUUAAGAAUGGCGCAAUUAAAUAUUUUAAACAGCGUUAUAAACUGCAAUACUUCUGUGCUGAACAUUGAUGAAGCAUGCCUCGUCGUGAAUUCUGCAGCGGAGAACAACAUUCAGCUUUGGGCUCAAUCUGAAGAAUGUGUUUCGUGUGACUAUCAGCCUUGGUACACAGUUGGGGCUUUAGAAAAUGCUUCAUUUACAGUGAAAACAACAUUUCCACUUUUAUUGCGUUACUCUUUCAAUGCCUCCAAAUGGUGCUUGAGGAACGUCACAUUCAAAGAGUAUGGUGUAUAUGGGUGGAAUAUAUCUGAUGAUGCUUGCAGUGACUUAUACAUUAUAAAGAAGCCUGACUCACAGUUUCUUCCACUCAUUGUGGCUGUCUGUUUGCUGCUGCUUCUUAGUAUAAUAUCUUACGCAUUUGCUACAGUUGUGGAAUCAGGAUGGUUUACAAACCUAUGGAGGAGGAAUCUCUCCUUCACAGAGCUAGAAAAUGACCUUGGUAGCCCAAACCCAGGUGAUGCACCUCCAAUCAUAAGAAAUGAGGUACUGCAAAUAAUCCGUCGACAGAAUAGGGUUGCAUCUGUAGACAUCUUCCGAGGCUUAUGCCUAGCACUGAUGAUAUUUGUCAACUAUGGAGGAGGCCACUACUGGUUUUUCAAGCAUUCCGUAUGGAACGGUCUCACAGUAGCAGACCUUGUAUUCCCAUGGUUUAUGUGGAUAAUGGGUUUGAGCUUGGCGAUAUCUCUGCGCACACAAUUGCGCUCCAGUAAACCGAAGCUCCAUGUCCUUGGACACGUGUUACGUAGAUCACUUUUCCUUAUUGCCUUAGGAGUAAUUCUGAAUUCAUGUGGCAACCAUGGUACAAAACCUGAUGUGAAGACCCUGCGGCUGCCUGGAGUGUUGCAGAGGCUUGGUGCCUGCUACAUGGUGAUUGGCACAAUAGAGAGUUUACUAAUGUCACGAGAAGGGGCAUUCAGGUAUGGACGCUACAUAGUACUAUCAGAUAUUAUAGAAUCCUGGUGUCAGUGGCUGGUGGUGAUAGCUUUGGCUACGGCCCACGUUGCUAUCUCACUAGCUUUACCUGUUCCUGGCUGCCCGCGGGGCUACUUGGGACCUGGUGGAUGGCACAUGCAUGGACAGUAUGCCAACUGCACUGGUGGAGCUGCCGGUUACAUUGAUCGUCUCAUCCUCACUCCGCAGCACAUGUACAAGAACCCUACAUGCAAGUCCAUUUACCACAAUGAUCAAGUAUAUGACCCGGAAGGUAUACUUGGAACCUUGACAUCAAUUCUAAUGGUGUACCUAGGAGUUCAUGCUGGUAGAAUCCUGCAGUGUUAUAACUACACCUUUAUGAGAAUCUCCCGCUGGUUGUCAUGGGGAGUGGUUACUGGCUUAUUAGCUGGAAUCCUCUGUCAUUUCUCGAAAGAAGAUGGAAUCAUCCCAGUCAAUAAGAAUCUCUGGUCCCUGUCAUAUGUGCUGGCAACUGCAAGCAUGGCUUUCCUUCUGCUUAGCAUAUUGUACUUUGUGGCAGACUGUCAUCGCUGGUGGAGUGGAGCUCCAUUCCUAUAUGCAGGCAUGAAUUCAUUGGUGCUGUAUGUUGGCCACGAGUUGACAAGGCAUAUGUUUCCAUGGAGUUGGAAACCUCUCUACAAUAAUCAUUCUGAGCUAUUGGCAAUGAACAUAUGGGGCACUGCUCUGUGGUUAAUAAUAGCAUAUUUUAUGUAUCGCAAAGACUGCUUUGUGACUGUUUGAGAAGUGUUACUAAGAGACUGAUUUUAUCUACUAUACAUGACACAUACACAUGAUAUGAGAUGAAUACUCAAGGAUAUAUCUUGUACACUAUUUAUUGCCACCGAGUACUACUAGGUACACAGGAAUUGAUUAUAUAGUUGUCUUAAUAUAGCAGAAGUUGAUUUUGAUUUAUUUUUUUUCUUUGUUGAAUGAGUGGUAAUUUAUAAAUUCUGUUUUUUUGCAGCUUUUUGUUAGUUAUUGUUUUCCAAAUAAUGUUUAAAAAAAUUAUCUUAGUUUAUAUUAAUUUUCAGACUGCUGUCACUUGAUACUAGUUGUUUUUAAGUUACUGUAACACAAAGAUUUUAUAUUUUACAAAUUUUAAAGAAUCAGUGAGGAUUUCACAUAUAUUCCCUGCAAUCUGUUAUGUUACAUUUUACAUAACUUUGUCUUCCCUCCCAGGAAAUGAUAUAUUAAGUGAGAAGUCAUUAUAUUUUUGUGAAUGAAUUAUUUCAUUAUUCAGUUGCUUGGAAUUCAUGUACUUUGUCCUCACCCAACUCGCCAAAUUUUGAAAAUACUCUGGUGAGUUUACAACUUAUUUUACAAACAUGUUUGUGAUUAUCUUAAAAUUUCCUUGUCUUGUCCUUAUCCUUUUUAACUUUAUAAUAAUUUUGUGUUGUGUUAAAGGUAGUUGUCAUUGUCACCCCUGAAAAAGUCCUCUCAUAUGCAAGAACAUUGUGUCUAGCACUUAUGCAGUGAAUUGAAUUUUCCCUGAAAAGCUGUAUUUAUGAUGUGUGAUCCUCUAAUAUGUAUUCAGUACUUCAUAUAGGAGCAGACAGUCCUGUUACUCUUCAUAUUGCUGAACGAUUGGGAAUUUAACCACUAUGUUUUUUACAGCCACAGUUCAUAUUCUCAUCAGUAACCCUCAUAUAGUAUUCAGUUCACAUCUACAUCUGUAACAUUUAUCAUUGAGGUCAGUGGCAAUGCUAAGGUCACAUAAGAGACAGAGGGUUAAGUAUGUAAAUGAAAGAAAAAAAAAGGACCAUGUGUGCCUGACUUGGAUUGAUAAGAGAUCUAGGUGAUCACUGCUACCUCUUCUACUUCAUUGUCUUUCCAUAACAGUCACUUCUUUUGUCUUAUUUUGCAUUCCAGAAACAGCACUGCUGGUCCCUAGGAUUAAGGAUUUGUUGUCCUUUCCUUUGUAUUUGACAACUAUGAACUGUCUGUUUCAGUUUAUGUUUCACAUUUCGUAAAGCAUUAUUGUCUCUCACAUUUCAUGGAGGAUUUCCAUUAGUAAGUAUAAUCUGUAGAGCAGGAAGCAAAAUGUGAAUCCCAAUGUCCCAUUGCCAUUUAUUAUCAACUAGAUAAAAUCUUAAAUUUGACUUUAAUCUCCCUGUUCUAGGAUUUGUUUUUAGUAUACAUUAUUUAUUUAACAAAAUUUGAGUAUUUUUGCAAAAUAGAUUGUAUUUUAUUUGUUAUUUAUAAGACUGCUCCAGCAUUGUUGUUAAUUUCAGAAACAGCUAAUCAUGCAUCAUUAGGAUUACCAGUAAGAAAAAUAAUAAAAUUUGUGCCUUAAGAGCGUACAAAAUUCAUAGUCACUGACAAUAUGCAACUACUGAUUACUUCAACUGAUCAGUGAGCUUGCCUCCCAAUUUUGUCAGUGUGACAUUAGCUGAACAUUUGCACUUUGCGUGUAAUAAAAAUCCAACAUGACGCAAAUGAACUUGAAUAUGAUUCAAUUUUGAUUCAAGCAAAUACUGGCUUAAAAUGAUCUGAGCACAUGAACUUAAAAUUUUAUUGUAUUUAUUGUAUAGUUUUCUUUUAAAACAUUGGUGUAAAAUCAGUUUAUCCAUAGUAAUGUGAUUCAUGUGUAAAAAAUAUGGCCGUAAGACCUACUGUUAAUAGUCUUUGAUGUGUUUUAAUUGGUAUCAGCACUGAAAAAGUUAAAGAACGAAACCAUACAGAGAAAAUAAGUAUUUUUAGCUACUUUUAUGCCAGAUACACCUAUUUUUAGAUCUCCUUACAUUGUAAUAUUAUGUGCAUAAAUAAAAAUAACUGAAAUGUUUAAA